AUGGACCCAUCUGAUCCCCUGAGCUUCGUGCAUAAAUCCACCUUGCUCUCUACCGGUCGGCAAUAUCACUACGUCGAUCAGCUGCCCCCGAACUAUGGCUGGCGCUAUCAAAUCCGCCCUUGGGUGGAACGCGGUUACCGCGUAAUCGUUCCCGACAUGCUCGGUUACGGCACUACAGACAAGCCAUACGAUGUCGGAGCUUACACGACGAAGCGCUUGUGCGAGGACCUUGUCGCUUUGUUAGAUCAUAUUGGCGUACGGAAAGCGGUUAUGAUCGGGCACGAUUGGGGUUCUUUCACGGUUUCGAGGUUCGCUCUCUGGCACCCGGAUAGGAUCAUCGCACUCAUCCAGUUAUCCGUCCCGUACACUCCUCCAGCUCCCGAGUACAUAUCCGUGGAAGAGAUGGCUCGACGUUACUCAAACUUUGCAUACCAAGUCUACUUUGCGGACCCAUCGUCCACGCAAGAAAUAGAGGACAAUCUGUUCGCGUUUUGGAGCCGCGUGUAUCGCAAGCCAGGCAGCGGUCAUGGGAUACUGUCACCCGGGAGUCGUAAAUUAGCUAUGGCCCUCGAUGACGUACUCGAACCAGAUGGCCUCCUGCUGACCCCUCAGGAAACGCAAUAUUACCGCCCCUUCUUUGAGGGGGCGAUGAGGGGGCCACUGAACUACUAUCGUACUGCAAGACUCCGCUUCGAGGAAGAGAAAGCGGCCAACUUGCCAACCACCCUACCCGCUUCGCUACCAGCUCUGCUAAUAUGGGGCACCGAGGAUCCCACCUGCUUACGGCCCGUCGUCGCCCGGGCACACAAAUUCGUGCCAUCUUUGCGGGAGGUGUCGGUGGAGGGAUGUGGACACUGGAUCAUGAUAGAAGCGAAAGAUGCGGUGACGCAAACCGUGCUCGACUUUCUCGACAGUGUCAAUCUUUUAGGAGAAAGACCGGUCGCGGCCAAGUUGUGA